AUGAGCUCUGCGACCGAUUUUUUGUACGAGGAAACGUGUCGUGUGCCGGUUCUGAGCGACCCGUCGAAGACGUUAUCGCUGGUUCUGACCGUUCCGCCCGCCGUCCACGCGGACCAUUUUACGCAUGGCCUGGGACCGGCCACAAACAGGCUCGCGGUGCUGUUGCACGGGCUGGGCUCGCAUAAGAAUUUCGGGUUCAAUCCGGGGCUCGCGAGCGCGCUCAGCAGGGAGUACGGCCUGUAUACGGCACGGUUUGAUUUCCGGGGCUGUGGUGACUCGUCAAAAUGCGGAAAAGACGGACGUACGAUCGACGAGGACGUGGAGGAUCUGGACAGCGUGGUGGAGUAUUUCCAGUCGGGUGGCCACAGGGGAAUCAAGCUGGCGGUCGAGCUGAUCUGCGCGCACUCGCGUGGCGUCGUGGUGAUGUUCAAUUGGACGUUGCAGCGACAGCAGCGGGGCAAGCCGCUGGUAUACACUUUGAUCAACUGUUGCGGUCGAUUUGACGGAAAGGGCAUGCAGAAGCGGGUGGAGCGCAACCAUCCGGACUACAAGGAGAAGGGUGGAUACUACCUUUCCGGCUACGUGGAGGGGAAGUACAGAGACGUGUGGAUUCCGACCACCGAGGUGAUGAGCACGUCCGCGCAGGAUAUGAAUAAAUUAAAGGGUUUGGAUAAAAUGGUGCAGGUUCUGAAUAUUUACGGGUCGGAAGACGAGGUGAUCCCGCCAGAGGACAAGUACAUGUACCACGAGGUUUUGGGGCAGCGCAGCGAUCUGAGCAUUAUUGAACAGGCGGGCCAUAACUUCUAUGGUCUGACGGUGUGCGACAAUUUGGAAAGUACUGAGUACACGCUUGGAGACGGCACGGUGACAAUAAAUGGGACGACGUAUCCGUUGCACCGCCGCAGAAAGGUGAUCGACUACACCGGCGAGUUUAGAGAGCGCGUUUUGCAAUGGCUUUCGCCGCAGCAGAGCUGCGAACGGUUCUACCGCAACACGCUCUACAUCGACGCGCAUACGCCACGCUGGGUCGAGGUGGAGGGGAUCGCAAAUUUCCGCGAUCUCGGUGGCUGGUGCGUGGGGGCAACGAAAAGAGUGCGGCCGCGACUGAUGUUCCGAUGCGCCAAUCCGACCAAUGUGACCGCCAAAGGCCGCAAGACGCUGGAAGAGCUCAAUAUUCGUGCCAUCUUUGAUCUGCGGUCCGCAGAGGAGCGCGAGGAGUACGGCCACUUGGAAUUGGCACAUGCCACCAACUUCCACAUCCCGGCGUUCGACUCGAACCUGUCGCCGUCGCAGGCCACCAGCCACUACCUGUACCUGCUCACGUGCUGGUCGACGUAUCUGCAGGUGUACAAGGACGUUCUGGCGACGGGCACGGGUGCGUUUCGGACGAUCUUCGAGUAUUUGAGAGACAACCCGGCCUGCCCGAUCCUGUUUCAUUGCACGGCGGGCAAGGACCGCACCGGGGUGGUGGGGAUGCUGCUGCUGCUGCUGGCGGGCGUGGACCCAUGGAUCAUUGCCCGUGAGUACGAGCUGACGACGAUCGGGCUGCGGCCGGAUCACGAGCAUAUCCGGGCGAAGUUCUACACGGCAUUGGAGAAAAUGUCCGACACGCGAGUGAAACAGCAGCUGUUCGAGACAGUUGCGCGGGGGAGGGAGAAUUUCAGCGUGCACGAGGACGGGUUCAGGAACCUGAUCAGCAGCCGGUACGAGGCGCUGCGCGCGACGAUUGAGUGGGUGGACGAGAAGUACGGCGGCGUGGAGAGGUACCUGCGGGAGGAGGUGGGCAUUGAGGAUCUGGAGCUGGUGCGGGCGCAGAUCGUGGAAAACAUGGCAGUGCAAGGGUGA